AUGACUAAUGACUACAAGUUUGUGGCUAUUACGAAGUCAAAUCGCCCUGGAUCAAGAGUUGAUAAAUAUUCAUUGGGAUCCAAUUUAUGGAGUAAACCAUUAUAUAUCCCUUUUGAGCUUCAUACUUAUGCAGCACCAGGGGUAUUCUUUAAUGGAUCUCUUCACUGGUUCGCAUACUCUGGAGUUCUAAUUGCUUUGAACAUUGGAGAUGGGUCUGUCCUAGAAAUCUCACAACCGGAAAGUCUGGACGUUAAUGAUAAAUAUGUGGAUGUGUUUGGUGGUUGUCUUGGUAUGCUUGGCAGUACUAAAACGGAUGAUUUUGAAGUAUGGAUGAUGAAGGAUUAUGGAGUGAGGGAAUCUUGGGUAAAGAUGCAUAAGAUUUCUCGGCUGAAAUGCUUGAGGAGGAUAGUGUGUUCAGAAAAUGGUCAGGUUCUAUUAGGGAUUCAACAUGAUAGUGGUGAGAAGACUUUGGUUGUGCAUGACUUGAAGAACGAAAGAUGUAAAACUUUGAACCUCGAUAGAUUUGAUUUGGAAAAUGUAUCAUACGAAGCAUUAUUCCUGAAUAUUUAUGUGAACAUCUCAGUUUCCCUUAACUCAGAUACUUAUGUGGGUAGUACAUUAUCCCUGGAUAUUUAUGAGAAAAGCUUAGUUUCCCUCAAGUCGGAUGCUUAUGUGGGUAGUAGAGAGAUGGAAGAAAAAGUUCUUAAUGACGCAUUAUGA